GGGGGGUUAGUAUACUGUAUGCUUGUGUCAAUAACAAUUGUAAAAUGCUUUGCUAUUUGCCAUAGCUAACAUGAAUCAAAUAAUGGGGGAAAAUUUUGCAAAAAGGGCGUUCCCCGCAUUUGCGAGUGUUUGAAGGGCAUGGUCCAAAAAAAUUCUGGGGGCUGUGCCCCAGACCCCUCCACUUCUGCAGCCCUGGGUACACCACUGCUCUCAACGUUAUCAAACCUCAUGAUUCUUAAGCCUAGAAUUACAUACCUGGAUAUUUUCCUCACUCUUGAGCUGGAUACUCUCAAGUCUUCGCAUGUCAGAGAUUCAAACCUUAGGCCCUUGAAUCAGAUUGUGUGACCCUUUGGGCUGAGUCAUCCCCACAUACAAUCCUCAGAUCACCUAACAUCUCACAUUACCAGUGACACAUCCACACAUCCUUUUGUAUGAUGAAAAUAUCAAAAUUAUAUCAUAUCCACAUAUCCGCAUUUCCAGACAAUGGUCCUUUCCAAACAGUUUUAAAACACUUUCAACUGAUAACAUGUAAUGGUAGAAUAUCAGAGCAAAAUUUUAGAAGGAAUUUGAGAGCAAAAGUUGAAUUUUUCAUUCUUGAAGGUAAAUACAAACUGUUCAGGAGCAGCUUUGCUUUUGAUAAUGUCUGUGUCACCUUUCAGCAGUUUCCUUUAUGUGCCUUGCGGAGAGAAAAUAAUUUUGUGGGUUAUGUGCAUCUUAGUGCAAAAAAAGCUAUUUUGAAACGACUGCAGCAUCAACUUUUCAAAAGAUAUCAUCUUCGAUAAUUUAAAGAUCGUAAAGUGCCUGUUGCAUCGGACUCGAAUUAGAGGGGUUAAUGGUAGCCUUAACGUGGUCGCUAAAUCCACUCUCAGUUUUGGUAACAUGACGCCUUGUAGAUUUACUUUCUUGACUCAGUUUUAUUUGUGACAUUUAAGGCCAACGCAAGCUAUGGUUUCAGUUCCUGGAAAUGAAUUGAUGCUUAAGCCAGUAGAGGAAAGAGUCCACAAUAACGUAACAUGUGGGUUUGCUCAGUUAGCGGUUAGGUGAUUAUGAAUUAAAGGAAAUGGGGGAGUGGUUUUACCUUGGGCCAACGAGUUUUGCAAAAAUUGGCAAUUUUGUACAGUGGAACCCCGUUAAUACGGCCACCAACGGGCCACAAAAAAGUUCCUAUUAGCGGGGUAGCCAUAUUAACUAGGAAGGGUCAAAUUUUGGAGUUUAAGGGGUAGAAAUUAAUUAUAACAUCCUAAGGAACUUUUCUCUUAAAUAGACAUCUAGAGAUGUGGAUAAAGUUAUAAAAAUUCUGUUAAAUAACUAGUCCACAAACAAAACGAAACGGAAGUCCUGGGCUCUUGGGCCUUAAUCACCAAAUCAUGUUCAUGAUUUUGCAAAAAAAUCGGUGACUUUUGACUGGUUCGUUCUGCGUUCCUACCAAUCAGUUUAACUGUAAGCAAUCACACCUGAAAGCACGCGACUUUGACAAUGAAAAGUUAUUUUGUAAAAGGAAUGAGAUUAUUGAGAUUUUAUUACAGUUUUGCUAAAUACAAAUGGCCGUAUUAACGGGGUGGAAUUAUUAAGAAUCCUGCUGUUUGGGAUUGCAAAAUGUGGCCGCUGGCCGUAUUAACGGGAGGCCGCAUUAACGGGGAUUUUUUAUGAGACUAUGUAUGACCGUUUUUCCGGGCCAAACAAAUGUGGCCGUAAUAACAAGGUGACCGUAUUAACGAAAUGGCCGUAAGGCGAGGUUCCACUGUGUCUUUUAGUCCUCGAGAAGUAAGGCUGCACAAUAAUUAAAUUUGGGGUAAAACGUUAAAUUAUGUAAUGUGUUCCGCUGUCAUUUUCCCUUUUAUGUUUUCACCUUAGUUCACUGGUGCACUUCAUCUUGUAUUAUUUUUCCAAGUUUAUCCCCAGUCCUACCAACGGGCCCAAUCUCCAUUUUUUAGCAGCCUGUCAUAAUUUAUGUUUGCUUUUCGACUUCCUAUGACUGUCUUUCAAGUCUACAAACGCCAGAAAAUCUAAAAAAUCGUCUUUUUGAAAGGCUGUUUUAUGAAAGCAGGAUCAUUAAAUAGCCCCUUCGUUGCCAAUUGCAGUAAUUCGGAAAUUGACCAACAAAGCUCUUGCCACUCCCAUCUAAGCAGUAUUAACGUGCAUCGUCUUUCAAAACAGUCGCACAGUCAUGUUGCAAUGACGUAAUCACCUAACGGAGGCGGAUUUCGAAGUCCGCUUUGUUCCAGGUUGAUUAAACCUUGUUCUGAAUAGACAUUUGACCUGCAAUGCUUAAUGCAUGCCAGAAGCGCGUUGCUCUCAAACGCAAAUUCUCGCUUCCAUUAAUGUCAUUAAGUGCCCCCGUAUUUACUCAUUUGUCUAUUCAUCUUCCUGCUUGUGGGUUUGAAACUUCACAGGAAAAUGAAAGAAAAGCUGCAACCGUACCCCCGGAUUGCUCAUUUAUGUCUUUGAAAUCCAGGUCGUAGUUGAAAAGUCGUGGUAUAUAGAGUAGCUACCCCCGGCACAAAAGGUUAUUUAUAGAUAUACCUAAGUCUCGCAGGUGCUACAUUAGCAAUAUUCUAGUGUUAAUUUUACUCGUUUGAUGAUGAUGGGAAGAAAACUGACGUUGAAAAUGUCUAACAGUCUAAAAACGAUCAUUCCUUUUAGGUUUAUAAAACACAAAAUGUCAGAAGACGCGAAUUUGGCAGUGGCCAUUUACGACUACAAGGCACAAGAUGGCACGGAACUGAGCAUACAAAAGCACGAGAAACUGACAGUGUUGGAUGACAGUCAGCCGUGGUGGCGCGUUAAAAAUGACAAGAACUUGUCCGGAUAUGUACCUUCAAAUUAUCUGGAGCGAAAGGGAGGGAAGAAGACAAUAAUGGGGCAGAUCAAGACGAAGAUGGGCGGCAAAGCAGGAAGUAAGGCAUCGACGAAUGAACCUGCUCUUUCUUCUAGCAAUAAAGUUCUUCCCAAGACAGGCAAUAAGAUUCUGUCCAUUUGCACGGCAAAGUACAAUUACGCAUCGCAGAGAGACGACGAACUCGAUAUUAAAAAAGGUGACCAAAUUUUAGUUACUGAAAAAGAAAACGAUGGCUGGUGGAAGGGAGAAUGCAAUGGCAAAUCCGGCUGGUUUCCAAAUAAUUAUGUUGAUGCUGCCGAACAGAAGGAACAGCCGAGCGCGCCUCCUUCUGAGUACGCUUUGCCUAGUGACGUAAUGUUCAAAAAUGGCGGGAUGGAACAGAUUAUUUGCAAAGUUCAAACACUGUAUGCUUUUAAUUCUCAGGAAAGUGAGGAACUCUCAUUUGAAAAGGGUAUAAUGCUUGAGAUAAUCGAAAAGCCAAAAAAUGAUCCUGAUUGGUGGAAAGCGAGAACCCCCCAAGGAGAUGUGGGGCUUGUUCCAAGAAAUUAUGUCCAAGAAGUGGAUGUGAUUAUUCCUGAAGUAGCAGAUACGCCAGUAACUUCGGUAAAAACAGAUGUACAGAACCAUCCAUUUACAAACGAGGAAUGGUAUCAUGGAAAACUCAUGCGAGUGGAAUGUGAAAUGUUGCUGCACGAUUACGGACAGGACGGCGAGUACCUACUGCGAGACAGUGAAAGCCGGGCUGGUGAUUUCUCAUUGUCAAUGAAAGCUCCGAACAGAAUAAAGCAUUUCAGAAUCAAAUCUGAAGACGAGAAGUACAAGAUUGGACAGCGAACAUUCGACUCUAUAAAUGAGCUCAUUAUACACUAUAAGUCGUCACCGAUUUUUACCACAGACACUGGGGAUAAAAUGUAUCUCGUUUCACCGUUUAGCCGAGCAAUAGUAAAAGCCGAAAUGUUUUCGGGCAGUAAAAAAACGCGCUGUUAUGGGAGGGGGUACCAUUACCAAUUAACCUCCACGGAGAUCGAAUUUAGCAGAAUCAUAGUCAAUAGGGAUCUGUACAAAUUUCUCAGGAUAAACUUCAGAUUCAGCAGACGUCAAAAUCAGAAGAUGGGGGGUAAACAGACAAAAUCACAGUUCAAUAAUAAUAUGAUAAUAGAACACCUUACAGCUCCGUGUACCCCCGUGAAAUUCAAAAGAGAAGGAAGUGAUGUGUUCUUUGCAAAGUACAAUUACACGCCAACCAGAGGUGAUGAGCUUGAGUUGCAGAAAGGUGAUAAAGUUUAUCUAAUAGGAAAGGAGAGAGACGGUUGGUGGCAAGGGGAGAGCAACGGCAAAGUGGGCUGGUUCCCUUGUAAUUAUGUCGAUUGCGAAGUUGAAGUAACUACCCCAGACUAUGCAUUCCCAGAUGACCUAUUACCAUCAUACCAAGACCUCUGCCGUGAUGCCAUUUGCAGAGUGAAGACACUGUAUACAUUCCAAUCACAGUCAAACGAAGAGCUUUCUUUCGAUAAAGAUAUUGUUCUUGAUAUUAUUGAGAAACCAAAGGACGAUCCCGAUUGGUGGAAAGCUAGAACAAUGCGUGGUGAAAUAGGACUGGUACCGAGAAAUUACGUCAGAGAGAUAAACAGCUACUUGAGUGGAUCCUCAUUAACAUUGAACUCGAGGAACUUCAAAACAGAAUGCACAUUUGUAAAUGCUGAAUGGUUUCAUGGAUCAAUUUCGAGGCACGAUUGUGAGCACAUGCUGCUGGAUUAUGGAAUGGCUGGUGAUUUUCUGCUACGAGAAAGUGAAAGCAAGGCUGGUGAUUACUCGUUGUCAAUAAGAGCACCAAGUAAAGUGAAACACUUCCGAAUAAAGAAAGACGAUGAACUGUUUUCUAUUGGCCAGCGUACAUUCAGAUCAAUGGAAGAACUUAUUUUGCAUUACAAGAAAGCGCCACUAAUGACGGCUGAAAAUGGAGAACGAAUCUAUCUUAUGAAAGCCUUCUCAAAAACAGGGACUUGAAAUAUGAAAAAAGAUUGUCCCAAGACGACUAGUGAUUUUCAAGGAAAAGAGUUCUUCUUAGAAUUAAUCAUCUUGGAUCAUGGCUAGCAUGUUCAGAGAUGACGUGCAACCAAACUAGAUUGGGUAUUGCGAAUUAAUCAAGGUAUAUAUUGUGUGAUGAAUAUGUUCUCGAUCUUAAUGGGGUCAAAUGGUUUUAUUUGCUAUCAAGGAGCCUUGGGGAAUUCUCUUGCACCUUUAAGUAGCAUAGUGUGUAGAAAGUAACAAAAUAAUUUAUAAAUGUUGCAAAGGUAUGUUUAACUUAUCUGUUAAGAGUUGAAUAGUGUAAAGUACAGGUAAGAUGUGCUGAACGGUACUGUCUUGAUAAAUUUCAAAAAUCGCCAGCUUUAACUCCAUAGAGCCUUGUAGAGUGUUAUAGUUAACAAUGAAAACAAGAUCAAGACUUUUCUCCAUACCUUUCACCAAUGACGAGAGUUGGAACAGUAAUACGGACCAGUAGCUGGUGGAAAUUAAGUCCCAACCCAACAGAGAUCUUAAGUGAGACAUCAUAGAAAAUCUAUUUUAGAAUUUUUAAUUUUGAACACAUAACCUAAAAACACUUUCAAAACUUCUAAAUAUGCAAAAUCAGCUGAAUAUGCCAAAAAUCGGGAGGGAGAAAUGUCCCAUGAAAGAUUUCCAGUUCUCUAAUGGAUUGCUGUUACUUUGGCUCUGUUUAUAAAGUUAUGAUCAGGGACCAAAUUACAGAGGUCUGAUGGGGAAAGAGCGGGUACUCAUAUGGCCAUAUCCCAGCAAAUUCGUAAAAUGUUUAACUGAUUUUGCACAUUUAGAGGGAUUUCAUGAUGCUUUUUUGAGGCCUUUCAGCCAAAUUAAAAUAUUUAAUAAGCGAUUUUUGUGACGUCAUUACUUGAGAACUCAGUAAGUCCGUCACACAGAAUUCGCAUCGUCACACGAGUCUGAGGCUAGACCCAUGCGCUCGUUGAACAUUAUGCCAAGUACCAACAUGCCUCAGGCAAGUAGGAAUCAACCCAGAAAUACUAACUUUGAACUGUGUAUCUAUGAAAACUUUAUGGUUUGUGGUAACCCUCUGAGAAGAUAGGAAGAAGCUUAGAAACUUAGAACUCAAAUUAAAAUGGAUUUCCUGAGAGCUCAACUUAACAGGUCAAAUUCAAAAUAUAUCUGAGUAGCGUACUGUAAACUAAUAAAGAGGUGCCCUUUUCUGGACGCUUUACUGUCGUUGAGUCUAAUGCUGAAAAAAAUUUGAAAUUGGUGGUGAAAGAGAAAUAGUUAUUUGUCUCCCUUCAAAAUAGCCAAACGCCAUGUUCCAAAACACGUGAAUAUAGGGGGUUCGUGACUAAGGGAAGUCUAGGGGCCCCCUUUUCCUGGGAUUUGGGGGGAUUUUCUCUUGUACACUUUUGCCACGUAUUUAUGCUACUGUCUUCAAGUACAGAAAAUUUGUUGAAAAAUAUGUCGCUCUGUCUCUCCUUAGAAUUUAACUGCUACGAUGCAGCGUGUGAA